AUGGCAUCCGCAGACAAACCCCACCCAGCUCCCCAGCCCGCCUACCUUCCCACAGCAGGCAGCAUCCUAAACGCCAACAAACCCUUCUACGACUCCCUCGCCAACAGCAAAUCCCGCACCCUAACCCAAACAAUCGACAUCCCACCCCGCUCGGCCAAAGCCUGGAAAGUCCCCGCCGGCAGCAUCGUCCGCUUCUCCACACCCCAGGGCGCCCAAGUCGGCGACCUCAACAUCUGGAAUCUGGCCAAUCCGCGCGAGCGAUUCUGGGCAUCCCGCACUAGACAGCUACAAGCCAGUCAUGUGACCACUUAUGAUAGACUGUGGAGUUGUUUGCCGUACCUCAGGCCUAUGGUGACGAUUAUUGCUGAUUCGCUGAGUGAUUAUGGAGUCGAUCAGUGGGGAGGCAGAUGUCAUGAUUUGCUGGGUACGAGGUGUGAUCCGUAUGUCAACACCAUGUUGACUGGAGAUCAAUAUGAUUAUCACUGUCAUUCAAAUUUGACUAGAGCUGUUGUACCUUUCGGACUCACCGAAUUUGACGUCCACGAUGUCAUCAACAUUUUCCAAGUCACCGGCCUCAACGCAGAAGGCAAAUACUUCAUGGAACCCAGUCCAGCCAAAUCCACCGAUUACCUAGAAUUUUUCGCCGAGCAAGACGUCCUUAUGGCACUAUCCGCAUGUCCAGGAGGCGAUCUCAGUGCCUGGGGUUGGGGUGAAGGAGGCGCUGGCGAGGAAGGCGAGAAGAAGAGCAUGUUGGACUGCUGCCGACCUCUGAGGGCAGAAGUAUACACUUUGGAUGAUGAAGAGCUACUUAAGGGCUGGAAGCAAUUCGAGCCGCCAACGUAUAGGGGGUUGCAUGGUAUGAAUGUGCCAGUUGGAGAGAAUGUGUAA